AUGAGCUUUCCUCCGAACAACCGCGCGUCGUCCUACUCGGCUGGUGACUACCGACCCUCCCAGCCAAGCACGCUUCGGCAGAGUCACCGUCCAAGCAGCCGCGGUCCCCCAUCCGAAAGCACCUCGAAUGGCCCUGCAGCGUCCAGCGACGAGUCGUCGCCUCUCCUCGACCGAAGUUCGGACGCGCCGUCAGGACACGACGAAUCAUGCGCCCACGGCACCUUCAGCCCUCGCCCCGAAAGCCCCGCCCAUGGACGCACCAACUCGGACGGCUUUUCGACACCGGGGUCGGGAACACACAUCCCAGCACUAGACGACGCGCUCACAAAUAUCAUUGGGCACGAUGACUGGAAACACUGGCUCAAGAAGCGCAUACGAACCAAGAAGAUGGGCCAGAGCAGCGAGCUUGCCGCGGAGGCGGGCAUCCGAGAUACUCCCUUGAUGUACAUGGCGUACUAUGUGCCCUGUCUCAAUUGGCUGCGCCAAUACAAAUGGUCCUACCUCCAAGGCGACCUGGUAUCGGCUAUCACCAUGGCCUCGUUCUACCUACCCAUGGCUCUGUCAUACGCGAGCAACUUGGCGCACGUACCACCGAUACACGGACUCUACGCAUUUGUCUUCAACCCGUUUGUGUACGCACUCUUUGGAUCAUGCCCGCAGAUGGUGGUUGGGCCCGAGGCUGCAGGAUCAUUGCUGGUGGGCACGGCUAUCAAGGCGAGCGUGGAUUCAGGUGAUGGUACCGAAGAUAACGAUGUAUUGCAUGCGAGAAUCUGCGGUGUCGUGACGGGAAUGGCGGGCGCCAUGGUGCUCAUUGCGGGUCUCGUGAGACUCGGUUUCCUCGAUAGCGUGCUGAGCCGGCCUUUCCUUCGUGGAUUCAUCAGCGCUAUCGGUUUCGUGAUCACCGUCGACCAAUUGAUCCCCGAGCUGGGCUUGUCCGACGUGGCGGACCAUGUGAAGGUCAGCCAUGGCAGCUCGGCGGACAAGGUCGGGUUCAUCAUUGAACACAUCAAAGAGACGCACACAGCCACGUUCCUCGUGGCGGCUGUCAGCUUUGUCAUCAUCAUGUUCUUCCGAGAACUGAAGAAAUACCUGCAGCCCAGGCUGCCGUCGAUAGUCUUCAUCCCGGACCGAUUCCUGGUGGUCGUAAUCUCGACCAUCCUGUGCAAGCAAUACCGCUGGGAUCUACAGGGCAUUGAGAUCCUGGGGAACGUCAAGCCCCCUUCAGGGAGCCCUUUCACGUUCCGCUGGCCUUUUCAGUCUGCCCACAUGCCUCAUAUUCGCGAUGGCAUGUCGACUUCUUUUCUCAUUGCGCUUCUUGGGUUCUUCGAGUCGUCGGUUGCGGCCAAGAGUCUCGGUGCGGGCACAUCCACCAUUCAGGGCAUGCAGCUGAGUGCCAACCGCGAGCUUAUCGCACUAGGCGUGGCCAACUUGGUCGGCGGCAGCUUCCUGAGUCUUCCGGCAUUCGGUGGUUACGGCCGCAGCAAGGUCAAUCAGCAGACGGGCGGCAAAACGCCCAUGAGCUCCAUCUUGCUCAGUGUCGUCGCUCUGCUCUGCGUGCUGUUCUUCCUGCCAUACUUCUACUAUCUUCCGAAACCAGUGUUGUCGGCCAUGAUCUCCGUGGUUGCCUACUCUCUUAUGGAAGAGGCGCCACAUGACAUUGGCUUCUUCCUUCGCAUCCGUGGGUGGAAGGAACUCGGGCUCAUGGCGCUCAUUUUCGUGUCGACCGUCUUCUACUCGCUCACCAUGGGCAUGGCCAUUGGCGUCGGCGUCUCGCUGCUCAUGGUGAUCCGCCACAGCACGCGUCCUCGGAUCCAGAUCAUGGGCCGCAUCCCGGGCACCAACCGCUUUGAGAAUGCCGAGGCCGAAGAUUCCCGUCUUGAGUCCAUCGAAGGUUGCCUGAUUGUCAAGAUCCCCGAGCCACUCACGUUUGCCAACACGGGUGAGCUCAAGUCUCGUCUACGUCGACUCGAGAUGUACGGCACUUCGUCUGCGCACCCCGCCCUGCCGCGCCUACGGUCCACGGACAUGAACCGUAACGUCAUUUUUGACAUUCACGGCGUCACCUCCAUCGACGGCUCAGGCAUGCAGGUUCUGACCGAGAUUGUCACGAACUACAGGGAACGAGGCGCACGCGUGUUCUUUUCGAGAGGACCUACGAAACGACACGGCAACGCAAUAUGGAGGAUGAUGCAGGGCAGUGGCAUUGUGGACAUGUGCGGUGGCGAGGGUCACUUUGUGGACGACGUGGACGAAGCAUUGCGGAGGACAGAGUACGAAGAAAGCGUGCAUGAAUAG